UCCAACAAGAAUCGCUGGGACAACUGUAAAGUCGCACUUACUAAGAAGUGAAAGGGUGAAAACCCUUUCUUAGGCUAUGUGCAAAGCGUAAACCAGACGCGCUCACAUUUUUCUGCUUCAAAGCUCAAUCGAAGAUAGGUGAAAUGUCGAAAAGGGGAAAGAAGAGGGACGAGGAGGAGGCACUUUCUGAAGGAGAGGAGCCUCCAAAGAAGUCAUCGAAGCCCUCAGCCUCUGCGGUUGAUAACGAUUCUGAUGAAUCUGACAAUAUAGUCGUCUGCGAGCUUUCCAAGAAUCGAAAAGUGUCGGUGAGAAACUGGAAUGGGAAGGUUGUGGUGGAUAUUAGAGAGUUCUAUUAUAAAGACGGCAAGGAAAUGCCUGGGAAAAAAGGUAUUUCGCUAACCAUGGAUCAGUGGAAGAUACUUAGAGAUCAUGCAGACGAAAUUGACCAGGAGGUUGCUGAGGGUUAGAAAGUUGUUUGGAGUCUGGCUCUAUGUUUUUGGUAUUAGCAAGGAAACCAUCAAGAAAGCUCACUUAGAACGAUGUAACUAAUGAAAAAGUUAAAAUGAUCCUAUUUUGUCAAUUAUCUUCUCAUGUACUUGGACCGUAUUUAGGAAAGUAGUUUAGGGCUUACUGGCGGCACCUGGCCCCGUGCUGAGUACUUUUGUGUUGAUAUCUCAGUACUUUUGUGUUGAUAUCAGUUGGAAUGCAGUUAAUUAUUAUGAAUGCUUUAAACUAUUUUGCUCUAA